CGUCGAAUACAUUCUCUGAACGAACACAUUAUGAAAAGCUUGUUUUACUUACAUUGGUUAACCUAAAUUUUAAAAGUAUUCUUUGAGCACCGGUAACGUAACCACCUAUCGCAUAAUGUUCCCAGGUCGGGCCCUGAUCGGAUUCCCGAUCUUCAAGGCGGAUACGCGGUUACACCAGCAGCGGAGAAUGUCGGAGCAAAGGCUACCCUACCAUCGCAGGCCAGUGCCCGUGAAGCUUCAGGAGCGGAAGGACUCUUGGACCGAUCUGAAGAGACCGCCCUUUCUGCUGGUCAAGAGCUUCCUGAACUUGCGCCACAUGGACGCCGACUACGGGAAGGAUAUCUCGCGAGUUACGGAGGAGCUAAGUUUCCAGCCACACCGCACUCUCUUCAUCAAUAUCCUUCAAUUGCCGCAUCGUCGCUUUCCGGAAACGGACAGCUUUGCGGAGAUGAUGGUUAAAAAUCCGCUAUCCCCGGACUCGGCACCGGAGCCGUGAGUGUGGGUAAUCAAGUUCAUUGGAAA